UCUGAAUGCCAAACACGGCGGGCGUGUUUGUGGCGUUUGCUGCUGGCAACUCCGGCCGGCCCAGCGGGACGAGCGGGUUCAACACGUACCGCACCAUCAGCAACUUCUCGCCCUUCUACCUCACUGUGGGAGCCAGCUCCAUUCAAAGGGGAGGCGCCUCCCUCGUCAGACGGGCAACCAGAAAAGCAGCCUCCACAACUGCUGCUGCUUCAACUGCUGCGAACAAUUCCAGGACAACGCAAUCCGCCACAGCAGCAGUCGUCCCCGCCACCACCAAGCCCACCAGCUCUGCCAAAUCAAACCCACAGCCACACCUUCAGACCCGCUCAAUCCGCCGCCCCACAGUCGCCAUCUCGUCCUCGGGCCCGCUAGUGCGGCCGUGGACCGGUGUCCCAGGGCGCGGAGGCCACCAACGCCAUCCUCAAGCCGACAUCAUCGGCCCGGGCGUGGCGCUCUUCUCCGCAUGGGUUUGGUUCCGACGUGGGCAGCAAAGGGAGUUAUGCGCAGCUGUCGGGGACGUCGAUGGCAACGCCUCACCUGGCGGGCAUUGCUGCUCUCAUCAUGCAGAAGUACCCCUCGUGGAGCCCGGCGCAGGUCAUGUCCCCAUCAUGACCACCGCCAUCACCACUAACACCGCCGGAACCGCCAUCAAGAACGCAUAUGGAUCAGUGGCAACGCCGUGGGAGAUAGGCGCAGGCCACGUGUACGUGCCCAAGGUGCUGGACCCCGGACUCACUAUGACGCAAGGCAAGCCCAUUACAGGAAUUUUUCUCGCAGGCAUGAGCACCGCAUUGGCCCAGCAGGAGUUUCCCGGGGCUCAACUAUCACCCAUUGCUCCCCGCAACCUCAACCGAGCCACCGUCUCAGUAGCGCGCUUGAGAGGGUCGGUGAUGGUCAAACGAACUGUUACAAAUGUGGCAGGUUCGGCAUCAACUUAUACGGCUAAGAUUACAGCUCCUCCUGGGGUGUCUGUAAUUGUGAACCCUAAGAGCUUCUCGAUACAACCAGGAGCCAAGGCGACAUACAGAUUGAGACUGACAGUUACAAGAGUGUUUGACAGCUUCCAGUUUGGAGAUUACUUGGACGGAUGGCAAGGGGCACUCGGUAAGGUCAGUGCUUGCUGUUCAACCAUCAAGCUUUGUCAUAGAGAAGGUUAUGAAUGCAACCAAGCCAGCACAAUCAUUAUUGUAUGUAUAAAGCCAGGUUCUUGUCAAACAUGUUUAGUUAUCAUGCUUGUAUAGACUGUAUAGGGUUAUCUUCUAGAGAGUACAACAUUUAGGUAUAUGUUUGUGUACUCUCUCUCUCU